CUUGUGACCUUGCAAUAGUAGUGCUUUCAAAGAGGUUGAGCUUUGUUGAAAGUACACAAUGGAGGCAGUACGUGAACUCUACAACAGAGCCAAACCCUUUCUUGCAGUCAUUUUUCUCCAAUUUGGGCUAGCAGGCAUGGAUAUUCUCACCAAAGUGGCCUUGAAUGAAGGAAUGAGUAACUAUGUAUUUGUUGUGUACCGCCAUGCAGUUGCCACUUUGGUUAUUGCUCCUUUUGCAAUAAUUCUAGACAAGAAAGUAAGACCAAAGAUGACCCCCUCAAUAUUUGCUAAGUUGGUACUUCUUAGCUUACUGGAGCCUGUCAUCGACCAGAAUCUCUACUCUAUUGGCCUGAAAUACACAACAGCAACGUUUGCAGCUGCAAUGUGCAACAUUCUUCCUGCCAUUACUUUUAUAAUGGCCUGGAUAUUCAGGCUUGAGAAGGUGAAGCUUACAAGCAUCCGCAGCCAAGCCAAAAUAGUUGGGACUGUUGCCACAGUGGCAGGAGCCAUGAUCAUGACACUGGUACGAGGUCCAAUAGUUGAACUAUUUUGGACAACAGGAAAUGCCGGUCAUAACUCUCAAAGUGGUGGGUUAAAUCUAAGCCAUGCUAUCAAAGGUUCCAUCAUGAUAACAAUUGGGUGCUUCAGUUGGGCUGCAUUCAUGAUUUUGCAGGCAAUCACACUGCGGACUUAUCCCGCUGAGCUCUCGCUCACUGCUUGGAUAUGCUUGUUGGGAACAACUGAGGGAGCCAUAGUAGCAAUGGUAAUGGAGAGAGGAAAACCUGCAGUGUGGGCCAUAAACUGGGACUCUAAGUUUCUUGCAGCUGUAUACAGUGGAAUAUUCUGUUCAGGACUCGCGUAUUAUAUUCAAGGAGUCAUAAUGAAAGACAGGGGCCCUGUUUUUGUCACAGCUUUCAAUCCAUUAAGCAUGGUUAUUGUAGCUGUAUUGAGUACAAUUAUUCUACGUGAACAACUGAACCUGGGAAGGGUACUCGGUGCUGUUGUGAUUGUUGUUGGACUUUACAUUGUCCUAUGGGGUAAAAGUAAGGAUCACAAAUCUCCAUCAAUCGAUGAACAAGCAAUACCAACACAUGAAACCAAAAUUGACAAGGAACCUUUUAGUCAGACAGUUACCCACAUCAAUUCAUCGAAAGGAACAACUGCUACCGAAGAUGAAGGCAUAUAAUGAUUUUCUAUUUGAGGCUUUGUCUUCCAAAUUCCAAAAGGAGGUCUGGCUAUAGAGCAGCCUCUUCAUCUAAGAAAUGAGCUCCUCUUCAGCUGCAUCUUGAAUUAGUAAUUAUUAGUUAAAGAUGGUUUACAGCGUGUGGCCAAAUUUAAGCCAGUUAAACCACCAUUUUUGGGAACUUCUUUCUGAACUAUAGAAUGACUAAACUAUGUUAAGCCUAUAGGCCUUUUCUUUUGGUUUUUAAUCGAUAUUAAACCAUGUAUAAUAAAUUAUAGUAACAACAAUAAUCAUGCCCAGACAUGUGGAUAAGUUGGUUCUUUAACUUCAGAUCUACAAUCUAAAGUUCUAUCUGGAAAUAUUUCCUGUGUUAAAA